ACCAUUUUAUUCAUAGGGUAUGCUGUAAUCUUGCCACGUAUUUAAUGGAGUGCUGAAAUGUCUUAACGUUUUACUCUAGUAAGGUGUUAAUGUUGUCUGUAUGUUAUCACCUUAUUAAUGUUCUAAAUAAUGGGAGGAGCACACAGUAUUGAAAUUCCCGGAGGUGGCACGGAAGGUUAUCACGUCUUGCGCGUUCAGGAUGGAUCACCGGGUCAGAAGGCAGGUCUAGAGGCUUUCUUUGAUUUUGUUGUUGCAAUUGGAAAUACACGAUUGGAUCAAGAUAAUGACACCUUGAAGGAGCUCUUGAAGGCUAACAUUGAUAAGGAAGUACGCAUGACCAUCUACAGCAGCAAGACGCAGUCGGUGCGAGAGGUGACGAUUAUACCCAGCACAACUUGGGGUGGCCAAGGACUUUUGGGUGUGAGCAUCCGCUUCUGUUCUUUUGAAGGUGCCAAUGAGAAUGUGUGGCACAUACUGGAGAUACACCCAUCUUCACCAGCAGAACUGGCUGGAUUGAGAGCAUUUUCAGACUACGUGAUUGGUGCAGACUCUGUACUUCAUGAGAGUGAAGAUCUGUUCACAUUGAUUGAAGCGCAUGAGGGCCGUCCACUUAAGCUGUAUGUGUACAAUACAACUGAGGACUCCUGCCGGGAGGUUUCAAUAACUCCAAACUCUUCUUGGGGUGGAGAGGGCAGCUUGGGAUGUGGUAUUGGAUAUGGUUACCUUCAUCGAAUCCCAAUUCGCUGUUCUCCUAUGCUGCCUGCAUCUCACAAUCCACCGCCAUUCUCAUCUCAGUCCGCAGCUCGACAAGCAGUUGUUGCACCUCAGGAGGGACAUUCAGUGACUCAUGUACCUCCACGCCCAGUCAUGGUUUCACAGGAAACGUUUCAGGUCCAUGGUAGUCCUGCACUUAGCGCCGACACCGUGUUGCAUCAUGGGAGUCCUGUACUUGGCACUGACACUGUGCCACGUUCUGGGGUGACGGCAGCGUUUCCGAAUUUGGCAGGUGCAACAUCUCCAUUUUCUACUGCAGCAAGUGCCCCGGCACCACACCCCACACUUGCUGGUGGAACCGUAACUGUGUCAGGAACCAGUCAUCUGUUUCCUUUGCCCCCACGCAGUGGUAUCGAGACGGCGGCUACUGCUAGUGGUGUGGUGCCAUCUGUUGUUAGAACAGUUACCACACUUACAACAAGUUUUCCCUCACCAACACCCAUCUCAUUACCGGGCAUGCCACCAAUUACAGUCAGUGCCACACUGCCGUACACCACACUAGAAAGUCUUCAGGUGACUGGAGGAAGCUCAGAGACGCAGCAUGUUGCGGCCUCUCAGUAACUGUAUGCCACACAAUGAUCAUGUUUUUAUACUUCCCCAAACCGGUAUAUGGGAAUCUUCAGAUGUAUUUACAGGAUUCCAUUGUGCCAUGCUUUAAAUGUGUCACAUUAAAUCUGAAGUGCUUCAGAGUAUGUAAAAUAAGAAACCCACAGUUAACUGAGAAUUUUAAUACUGGAACAGCUGUAAGUAUUUCACGUGCUUAAUAAUCACUUCUUGUUUCCUGAUGUAGAGUGAACAAAGUAAUUUAGUUAAUGACUUUUUUCAAUAAGACUUUGAAGGUGUGGUUUCAGUCUUUAAAAUGAGCUUCAUUUUGAAAUGCAAGAAUAAUAUAUGCAAAUAAAUAAGGUAAGAUAUACAUUGUACUUGUGUUAGCAGCUUUAACCUGGUGUGUUCUGUUUCAUUCAUCGCGGUGUACGAGUAGAUCUUGGAGGAUACAUCCUACAAUCUUAACUGUGUGAUGCAGUGGUGUGGCAUGUGAUAAAACAUGAAUUUAUGUGUACACACUUUAUUCUGUUGUGCGCUAUUCAUAUGUACAGAGUAGUAUAAUAUAUCUACACUUUUGUUUUAAGCAACAGUGGCUUUCCUGUUUGUAGUCAAGUAUAAUAAACCUACAGAGGUAGUGAAAAAUGCUGAUAUGUUUUGGGUUCACAACUUUGUAAGUUUUUCUAUAAUUAGAGCAUCUGAUGUUUAGAUUAGUUAGCCAUUAGUAGCAAAAUUUGAAACAAAAAUAAAAUUCUCAUUUAUAUCUCCAGUGACCUGGCUGGUAUUCUUAAUUACCAUCCCAGCUGGUCUACUGACAUGCCCUGGCACAGUGUGCAGUACACUGUAGGAAACAAAAGUAAAUAAAUAUCUUCUGUCACAUGCAUGUUUGGUGAGAUUAGUUUUAGUUUGACUACCUGGAGUGCUUGGAUUUGCUGUGGUAUGUUAUGCUUCAAGUGACCAGUACAAAGCCCCACAUCAAACAUUGUUAUAAUUCAUGUGACAUUCAGAAAGAAUAAACUGGUGUUUACUGAAGUUCACCUUCAA